AUGAGAGCCUCUUUUCUCACCGUUAUUCUCUUCGCAGCCUUCGCUGUCGGGCUCCCUUCUCAGCCCAUCGAGCAGCGAGGCGAAUCCGCCACCCUCGACGAGGUAACCGCGGCGGACGCUCCCGCUGGGUUGACCAUCACCCCUCGCUCCCUGGCCAGCGACGCUGGCGAUUCUUCCGAUGCUUCGACGGUCGCAGUCGUUCUUAGAGAGGCUGAACCUGCCGACAAUAAUUACCCGGCCGUCUCCGUCGACGAACAUCCAUGGAAGUUCAAAGUCAAAGCCAGAGGCCGCCACCUCAUCAACAUGUGGUCAAGCGGGUCAGUCCAAUUCCAGACCUGCUUCAAGGCCACGGGAUUCUGGUCCUACGAUUACGCCAUCGCUUGUGCUUUGCGAGAUACCGGCGGCCGCGUCUACACACUAUCGCGCAAGGGCUGCAUCGAGGGCACCUGGGAACCGAGCAGCCUGACUCACUCUAAGGAUGAGACUAGGUACAACGCCGAUGUCCAGACACACUGGAACGACAUUGUUAAUGGCGAUAUGAAUAUGCACUGCCGAGUCACCAUGUCCAACUCGAUCAGUUGGAACAGGCUCAAGCAGCUGGUUCAGGAUGUUAUUGACAUUAUUAAGACGGUUGGAGGUAUUUUCGCAGCUGUGAUUGUUAUCUUUUGA